CUUGAGAGAGAAAAAAACUCAGUCCGGUGACACACACAUAUUUCGUCAUGGCCUGCUUUUGUAAUCCAUAGAGAGAUUGGAGCCUGCUGUUGUCCCCAUUAUAUAACGGUGUCCCCAUACCUCUCUAUCAUGAAGCUUCAUCUUAUAUAAAUUUCAAAGAUAAGCCGUUUUUUUUGGGUAUCUAGGGUUGCCAUCCUAGUUGGAGCUAUCAAGUGGCAAGGACGAGGAACCCUAUAAUAACCUCACUACUGGUUGCACAAGAAAUUCCUGUCUCUUUUAUUUCUCUGCAACCCAUACUACUACAAUUACUACCACCACUAGUUGAUAUAUCUCCUACUUUCUUACCAACUUUUUUUAUUUUUAAUUCGAAAAAACCAACAUGGAUGACAUGUAUCAAUAUGCCUCUGCUGCUGUCAACAGCAGCAACAGUAACAACCAAGCAAAUCAAAACAGUGAACGAGCAGAGGACAAUGACAUUGUUCUUCAGGCAUUUAACAACUUUGGUUGGAGCCAACGAUUCAAUAGUUUGCUUGACACUGUCAAGAAACAAAGUGAGGCAAUUGUCCAUGUCACCAGAAAAGAUUUGGAAGAAUUCGCUAAUGUGCUUCGAGAAGAUAAUGCAGCCACGACACCGAGCGGAAACAACAACACCAGUCAAAGAGACAUGAGCUCAUCAGCUGCGUCUAGCUCUUGUACAGACGCGACGGAAAAAGCAGCAACAGAAACACAAGACGCCAACGAUGCUACUACUACUACUACGAGUAGUACUGGAUUUGCAGCACUUCGUGAAAGUAUCAACAAGAUUAGUACGUUUGAUCUAAACAGUUUGCGUGAAGGACUCGGCAACACAUUGAACCAAUCCUUGCCUACACAACUGGCAAAUGUGCGAUUACCCGAGAAUAUCGAUAUCAGUCAACUCAAGGCGGAAAUGGCCCAAGGCACUCGGUUUGCAGAACAAUACGUGUCGAGAUUCGGUACGGAGGUUGUGGAUGCGUUGAGCAGAGCAAUCACGGUGUUGGAACCGGACAACAGUGAUGGUAGUGAUUAUGAACGAGGUGGCGGUACUAGUAGUAGUGGUAACAGUAGAAGAAACAGUGGUGAAAGCAGUCGAAGGGUCUAUGCUACGCGUAAAGAAUCCUUGUUGGCAAAAAUGCGAAAGAAUCCAAACACGUAUCUUGAUGAUCCAACACAGGGUUUAGCAGGCGACGCCAAGAAGCUCAAAGUGUUGGAGACGUUUAAUGCAGGAUUCAGUAUUGAUGCAUACACUGAAGAGAUUGCCCGGCUUUUGGACGAGUAUCCCGAAAUGCGAGACAUCAUGAAUGAAUUAGUUCCUGUUCAAGUCAGUUAUACCGCGUUCUGGCAACGCUACUUUUAUCAUGCAUGGAGCAUUGAACAAGACGAACAAAAGCGACAAUUGAUUGUAAAAGGUGUUGAUGACGAUGAGGAUGUCGAUUUCAAGUGGGAUUCGGACGACGAAGAGAGUGCACCAUCGCAACAACAAAAGUCAACACCAUCAUCAUCCGACGACACCCAUCAUCAACAACAACAACAACAACAACAACAACAACAACAGGCUAAAGGCAAGAUUUCCAGUGAAAGCAAAGGAUCGGAUACGGAAUUCAGUAAUAUCUCGGAACCUGUUUCGACUGAACCCAGUCUUGUUUCCCCGCCUCUCAAGUCGCAAACGGAAGAUGGCGAAGAUUGGGUCAAGCCUGAAGUGAAGAGUAGCAAGGAUAGUGACGAUGAUGAUAGCGAUUGGGAGUAGUGCUUAGAAUGAGUUUUGUCUAGUAAACUAACUACAAAGAGCUGUAUUUUCCACAAAUCAAAGCAUCCUCCAACCCCUCCCUCCCUCCCCAGAUCCUGCAACAACAACACCAUGUAUGCAGGUGCUGACCAGCGGGGCGACAUUUCCCCCAGUCCUAAUACAUCUUUUUUCUUGGCAUCAUGUUACAUUAUGUGCAUAAUCAGCGUAUCACUCAUCAUCAAGCUGUCGAUGUUCGUA